AUGGAAAAUCGGAGUUGUGAAGAUGCAGAUUUGCUGAAUGAUCCCGAAGCGAGCUUUCAAGCGGCUGAUUAUGCUAUUUUGGGAGUAAUGCUAGCGCUUUCAGGAGUUAUCGGCAUUUUUUUCGCCUGGAAGGAUCGGAAGGAAAGCUCCGAAGUAUACAUGAUGGGAGGAGGAAGUGUGUCCCCCUUUCCAAUCGCCGCUUCUCUCGCUACAACUUUUUCUCGGCCGUGA